AGCUAGGUUGGAGUAGCCUACUCCAAUCUAGCUGGUUGCUCUUGCUUCGUCUCAUCAGAGCUCCUCAGGUUGCCCUAACUGACGAUUCGUCCGCCGAUUCCUCCUAAUCAUUCGCAAGUCCUCGAUCACACCCACAUUUUCCGGCUACCCUAUUCGUAACGUACAUUGGCCAGGUCAUUUUCUUAACCCUAAUAUCGUGAAGACAGAUUACCUGGGUGCGCGUGUUGUCUUGCUCCUUUCAGUUUCAAUGCGUCCGUUAGUGAUAACAUCGUAACGACACCUUACCUUACAGGGAGCUUUUGUGUUUUAUACACUAUCUAUUGGUCACAAAGGCUUUAACGAGGAGGCUCUUAGCGGGGACACCGCUGCACAUUGACUUUCCUUAUUUCGCCUGGAAUAGGUCCCGCCACUAACUCCUCCUCCCGCCUUCGCUAACCCGGCGUUGCACGAUGCUGCCGCGUCAUCAUGGCGAUGCCAUGUCAUCAUGACGGUGGCUCGUGAGCCUAGAUGGCGCCAUGGACGGCUGCGUACCGGACGCCUAUCGUCGCGUGUUCGCCGCCUGUUGGGCCUCUCACGUCUCUCGUUUUAAGCUCACCCGUUCACCACUGCACCAUCCACCAUCCUUUACAGUCACAUCCGCGAUAAUCACAGUCUCUUGGCGCUAGAAUCCCUAGAUACUCGUUGAGCUACGCAGAUAGGCUGAUCCCCACCCGCGGCAAACGUCCUCGUUAUGGAGUUAGUAGGGUACACUCGAUGUCGUCGUACGUCACUCCAUUUAGCCCUUUCGGUACAUUCUGACUCACUUAACCUAAUCUAGCAGAGACCGCAGUAGAAUCGCUAUCAACAGCAGGGGGUCGCGACAGGCGACAACGAAGCAGCAGCAGCAGCAGCAGCAGGCUGUAUUUAUAAGCAUCAGAAGCUAUCAUUAUUGUGAUAGUCUUCUACAUUAUCCAACUAACAGACAUUAUUACAGAAUUUAGCGUGUAAUAGCGUUUGCAGGCAAAAUAGUGCUUCAGCGAGGCCGAGUGCCGAGAUCCGAUACAAGCAACAGACGAGAAUGGGAGACGCGGACCAAUCAGACAGCAGCGACACAGAGACGGAGAGACCAUGGUUCCCCGAGCCUCGAGUCAACGGGGCGAGUCUUGCCGAGCCUAUAGGCACGGUAGCACGUUCGGGACAGCUGGGAGCGCCACUAGGGAUUGCGCAUCUGGCGUUGGGCGCAGUAACGGCUGCCAUGUCAGCAUACAGCCCCGGGAAAACAGGGAAAGGGGAAGGGGACGGUCUGCCACGUGUCCGAAUGCUGAGCUGUCUACAUGCGCUGUUCACUCAGCUGCAUGACCCGGACCAAGUGGAAGAACCGGAAGGAGAGAACGGAAGAGUGGGGGGGAGGUCGCAACUGGACAGCGCAGAGCUGGACGUACUCGAGAAAGCAGUGCGCAUCCUGCACCUGCGGUAUCGCUCGUGCCUGCGGCCACUCACCAAGGGGCGGCUGCCGUCUAUCACGGAGCUGAGGGAGCUGCGAGUCAGCGCUGAGGCGCUGGGGGUUAGGUCGGCUCUACUGUGCCUGGACAGAAUACCCAAGGGCGACCCCCGGCGGCUCCCCCUCUUUGCAUUCCGCACCUUUGCUCUGCGAGCCGAGCUAGACGCCGAAGCCUUACGGGACCUAGACGAGCCUCCCCCAGGCACCGCCUGGCCAGUCUCCACCUACCGCGUGGGCACCACGCGGCUGCGAGCCCUCCUAGAGGACAUGGUAGAGGAGGUCGAGAGUUUAUGGAAUGGGACGAAUCGGACGCUGUACGAUGUCGCGAUCGUGCUCGCACCCGUGCUGGCUCAAUACGCGCUGCUGGGAAAGGCGGUGGGUAUGGCUAUGGAGCAGUAUUACGCGCGGCUGACUGUGAAGAAGCAUGGGAGAGUGGUGAUGGCGGUGGGGGAUGAGAUUAUUCUGUGGGAUGACGGGUUGGAGGAUGUUCGGGAGCUCUUUUUAGCUGAGAAGGAUGCGGACGAGCAGCCGUUGGGGUCGGCGGUGCGGAUCGAUAGCAUGAAUGAUUACUCGUGGUUUGUUUCUUGGAACGGGACGUCGGCGGUGGACAACAUCCCGAGUGAAGUUUCAGUGAAGAAACUGCUGCACUCGAUCGGGGCGCCCACGGCGAGGCUGACAGGGCUAAGAGCGAGGGAUAAGGGGUUAUUAAUGGGGGUGACUGUACCGGAUGUGAGGGUAGAGGCAGAGAAGCGGGUGCUUGUACAGCUGCAGGGGGGGGCAGGGGGUGGAGGAGUGGGAGCAGGGGGAGCAUUGGGAGGGGGGGGAGGAGGAGGAGGGGAUGACAAGGCGCUCCUAAAGAGGUCGUUUGCCAAGAGGCUGGAGUCGCUGGACUCAGCAGGAAUGGACGAGCCCGAGCCGGCUCAUGAGAUUCCCUAUGAGGACCUUGUGGCCGCCACCAAUAACUGGGCGGACGACCUGCAGCUUGGGGAAGGGGGCUCCGCCGUGGUGUACAAGGGGGUGGGGCCGGAUGGGGAGCUGUGGGCAGUGAAGCGAGGGAAGAAGGGCGGGUUGACUCGGCUUCAAGACUACCAUAGAGAGAUUGAGGCAGUUUCCAAGAUGCUUCACCCGAACCUCGUCCGCCUCAUGGGCUUCUGCCAUGAGAACGAGGAGCAGGUGUUGGUGUACGAGUAUGUGGCCAAUGGCACCCUCAGACAACACCUAUCCCCGUUACAAGGUGACACGGAGAAGGGGGUUCUCUCAUUUGAGCAGCGGAUAGAGGCGGCUGUUGGGGUGGCGGAGGCCCUGCUGUACCUGCACUCGUGCAAGCCUGUGCUGGUGCAUCGAGACGUCAAGUCCCUCAACGUUUUCAUGGACGACGAUCUGCAGCCUAAGCUCGGAGACUAUGGCAACCUCAAGUCGAUAGGCGACGAUGAGUCCGCCACCACGCACACACGGGUGGUGGGCACCCCUGGCUAUCUGGACCCGCAGUACUGCCAGACCAGUGUCGUUUCCGUGUGGAGUGAUGUGUACAGUUUCGGUGUGGUGAUGCUGGAGCUCAUCACAGCCAAGCCCCCGGUGCUGAAGGAGGCGGACGACUCGGGGGAGAGAAUGGCGCUCGCGAAAUGGGCCACCCCUGCUAUUUGCGCGGGUAACCUCGAUGCAGUAGUGGACCCCAACUUGGCCCAGGCGUUCCCCCAGCAGCCCAUGCAGGCGUUUGCGAGCCUGGCAGCCAUGUGUGUGCAGCGGCAGCCCAAGGACCGACCGAGCAUGCAGGAGGUGGUGCGGCGACUCAAGGUCAUUCGGCAAGCAGCCGCAGCAGCGUCUGUCUCCUCCCCCCCGCCCAUCAAUACCCGGGGCAACCCCUCCAUGCAGCGCAUCCUCCCCCCCAAGCCUGGCCGCCAGGGCUCUUGGCGCGACAACCAGCAUCUCACGCCCCCCAUGUCACCCCUCCUGCCCUCCACGCCCGAACCCGCCUCCUACUCCCCCCGCGCCUCUGCUGCGGCUGCUGGCGGCGGCGGCAUGAAAGUGUUUAACAAAGACUUUUGGCGGCCGAGACGGGCGCCUGCGAGGAGUCUAAGUGACGCUUCUAUGCAGGAGAUUACUGACUUGUUAGAGGAGGAGGAAGGGAUGGGGAUGGGCGGGUAUGGCGGUGGGAAUGAUGGGUUUGGCGGCGGGGGAGGGGGUGGAGGAGGGGGAGGGGGAGGCGGAGGAGGGGGAGGAGGGGGAGGGGGAGGAGGGGGAGGGUUUGAUAUGCUAUCCCCGAGACUGCCCUCCUCGAAAACGGUAAACUCAGCGUAUUAUUCGCAGGAGCACCAGCCGUCGAGGCACAGAUUGAGUCAGAGUCAGCUAGACAAGCAGCAGCAGCAGCAGCAGCAGCAGCAGCAACAAUCCCAGCAACAGUCACAGCAACAGCAGCAGCAGUUGCCACCUCAGCAUCACCACACCUCCCACUUCGCCCAAUCCCCACAGCCCUCCCCGUUACCCCACUACAUGUCCAGCAUUCCCAAGUCCAAAUCCGCAGAUGUGCCGGGGGCGGCAGCAGCCGCAGGGGGAGGGGCAGCGGCAGCACAUGCCAACGCACACGUGCACGCGAGGACUAACUCGAUGAUCUCUCAGACCGCUUCGGGGAGUUCGUUGCCAGCGGCGGUGCAGCCAGAGGCGAGCAGAGGGCGCAUGUAUGGGCUGGGAAGGAAGGGCAAGAUGCAAAAAGAGAUGGCAGCGCUGGCAAAGCUGCAGCACACGAAUCUAGCGGCUAUCCUGGGGUAUGCAGCGGACAAGGAAGACAUGCAGAUCGCCUAUGACCUGCCGCCCAACUGCACCUGCCUCGAAAACUACCUCUUCCCAGAGGACGCAGAAGGGGAGUUCCUGCCGCUGCGGGUGCGGCUGAAAGUGGCAGUGGGUAUCGCCAAGGGGCUCACCUUCCUGCACUCGAGCACAGUGGUGCAUGGCAACCUGUUGUCGAGAAACAUCAUGCUGGAUAAGAAUUUCACUGUACUGCUGACUGGUUACGGCCUAGCCACUAUGCUGUCCAAGACAAGCACACGCAAGAACCUCAAAGGUCCUGAGGGCAUGGCGAAGGAUGCGUUUGAUUAUGGGGUCGUUCUCUUUGAGCUUCUCACAGGGAAAAAGGGUGCCCUGCUGGCGGACAGGGAGGGGGCGGACGGGCUGAUAGCCUGGGCGGAACCGCUGAUAGAGGAGUACGAGCUGAGCAGCGCGUGCGUGGAGCCCACCAAGAGGAUGGUGGUGCGGAUGCUGGACGUGCUGGCCAAGGAGUGCGUGCAGGAGGAUCCCAGAUGUCGGCCCACUAUGAAGGACCUGGUGGUUCGGCUAUACAGCCUGCAGGAAUCGCUUGCAUCUCAAUAGUAAGUGCGAGCCAGAGAUGCUGAGGAUGGUGGUGCGGAUGCCGGACGUGCUGACCACGGAGUGCGUGCAGGAGGACCCGAGGUGCAGACCCACCAUGAAGGACUUAGUGGUAUAGCCUGCAAGAAUCACUGGCUUCGCUGUGAGGAACGAGUGGCUAGGGGAAGGGGAGGCUGAAGAGCUGUGGAGGGGGGCAAUGGGAUGCUGGACGUGCUGGCCAAGGAGUGCCAAGGAGUGCGUGCAGGAGGAUCCGAGGUGCUGCAGACCCACCAUGAAGGGUUUGGCAGUGAUAUGAUAAAGCUUGCAGGAAUCACGAGUGUCGCAACGAGUAGUGCCAAGCAUGGCAUCGACUAACAGGGACUGUGGAUGGGCAGCGGCGGCAGCGGGUGGAGAGGUGUCUAUGGCGCCCAGUGGCUGAGGAUCUGUAGUAGACAGGAGCUUCACUAGAUAGAGGAGAGGGCGCUGGGAGAUUGCAGCAGCAGGUGCUUCUGCAGCAGGGGUUGGAGAAGUAUUUAUGGAGCAAUAGCUGCUGCUGCAGGAGGGAUGGAAGCAACAGCUGCCGCUCCAGGGGCGAGGGAGCAACAGCUGCUGCUCCUGAUGCUGUGUGGUGCAGCAGAAAGAAAAGCCGGUAGAGCAGUGACUGCUGCCGCUCCAGGGGCGAGGGAAGGGGGGAGGAAGCAACAGCUGCUGCUCCUGAUGCUGCUGUGGUGCAGCAGAAAGAAUAUCCAGUCAGGCAGCGACAGGUGCUCAGGACUGGAGCAGUUUGGGGCAACACAAGAGCAUGAAGUUGGUGUGUGGUUCAAAGGGUGCAGUCUUGGUGCUGCUGCGUGCAUCAGCCAUGCCUGGUAACCAGCCUGUUACCAUCAUACCCCCACUAUGGUUUGAUCAGCAUCGCUAUUCGUGCAUGCCACGUACGAUGUACCCAAGUGGUCCAAGGGCGAAUCUCCCUUGGAGAGGCAACCAUAACCUUGCGAUGUGAUAAGAAAAUCAGGGUACGAAACAAAUCGGUGAAACAUAUGGUAACGGCAGAUAUCAUCUUGCAGCUAAUUUAGGCUCUGGCUGUAACAAGUGCAGGGUCGAAUUCAGAGGCGGUAUAUUAGAGUUAUACCGCUGAUAGCAGCACGUGCCUGGAUCUGUCGAGCAUGAUCCUCGAGUGUACUAAUAAGCGUUGCGUUGCAACUUCUAUAAUGUUAGGUUUUUUUUGGCUGAAUUUUAG